AUGUCGAGUGCAACGAAGAAUGAUGUGGCACAUGCAGCAAUCAUCGAGCCAACUCCAGAUGUCAGACGUAUGUUGCAGAAAACAGCACGUUUGGUUUCCGAAAGGGGAUUGGAGAUGGAGAGUAGGGUCAUGGACUCUAACAAGAACGAUGAAAGAUUUAACUUCCUCAAGAGCUCAGACCCUUAUCACGCUUUUUACAAACACAGGCUUACUCAAUACCGGAACAACCCAGAAGAUGGAGUUCAGGAAAUCCUAAACCCUGAUGCUCCUCCUCCAGCUACUUCUCCUCAAUUCAUGGAACCUCUGCCUCAUCCUUUCGGACCUCCCGAGUUUUCGUUUAAACCUCCUCAAGGGAUCACGCUCAAGGAACGUGCUGUUAUAGUGCUCACUGCUCAGUUUGUGGCGCGGAGCGAUAUGCAUUUUUUGUCCGAACUGAUCACGAAAGUGACGACCAAUCCUCUCUUUGAGUUUAUCAAGGUCGAUGAUCCUAGGUUCAAUUAUUUCUCUAAGCUUGCUAUUGCUUAUAGCAUAGUUUUAAUGCGGAUCAAGAGGGGUGCUUGUAUGGCGGAGACCCUUGUUAAGGUUUUUCUCGAGCAGAUUCGGAUUCUUUUGGAGAAGCAAGAGCAGGGGUUGGAUAUGGGCCAUAUGGCUAUGGGUGAUUUGGAUGUUGUUGAGGUUUGUGUUGUUGACUAUUUACGCACCUAG